CAGAGGACUGACCUACGCAGGAGUAGUGAAGUCUCAUCUCCCUUGAGCCCGGGAGCAGCAAGCUUUUCAGAGCCUCUGCUAGCCAUGAGCCGACAGCCAGAGCCCCAGGCUGCGCGAACAGUGCGCUCCUCGUCCCUCCCGGUGUCACCGACUUCGCCCAUGUCUCAGUAUGCUUCCCGCUCAGACUCUAAGGGGGCUUUGGACAGCAGUAGCCCAGAAGCCUGCACUGAAGAUGACAAGACCGAAGAGGACAUGCCUGCCCCCAGUAACUAUCUGUGGCUCACCAUUGUCUCAUGUUUCUGCCCGGCGUACCCGGUCAACAUCGUGGCUUUAGUCUUCUCGAUCAUGUCUCUGAAUAGCUACAAUGAUGGAGACUACGAAGGAGCCAGGAGGCUGGGGCGGAACGCCAAGUGGGUGGCCAUCGCCUCCAUCAUCAUCGGCCUGGUCAUCAUCGGUGUUUCCUGUGCAGUGCACUUCUCCAGGAAGUGUGGCAGGAGGAGAGGAGGAGACCGGGAUGGUAAGAGGCCACUGAAGAAGGUGCAGCCCCUGAAGGAACGGCUCUUAGCUGGGAAGCAUGGUGGACGGUCCUCAUCUGCACACACCCCAAAGAAGUUUCUGAGGAAUGGAUCCUUGAUUUUUAGACUGUGAGAUCUUUUCCUCCAGGACUCUCCAGAGGCGGGUCCCUGGCAAAUGAACAUCCACUAGUCCGGAACGUAGGAGCUCACAGCGGUGCAGACACACCCACCAAAGCCUUUGGCUGAUGAAAAAGAAAAUGACGUCUCCAUGUCUCAGCUCAGCAAACCCUUUGCAUCCAUUCCUCCUCUUCAGGGAUGAACUCCAGAAACCUUGCUGCUUUUCACUGGGAGGUCUGGAUUUGGGGGCGGCGAGGGGACCAGGUGGCUUUCCGGGAGAGCUGUGAAUGCUGGUGUUUACAAAAUCGAGUACAAAUACCGUAGCAUGUUUAAAGUUCUCUAGUACAGUUGAGGUCCUAGGUUUAUUUCUUCUUCCUUUUUUCCAUGCUGUAGGGUCUCUCCAUCUCCCUCAGCGUCCCCAGAGUUCACCCGGACUUUCUACGUUUUCGUCCCAUCUUUAAUGUCCCCGCUGCCUUCUCUUGCUUGUAUCUGCAUUGAUCACUUGGCACCCCAGAAUGAACCCAGAUCCUAGGCUUUUGAGCACCUUCUCCACCCCACAUGUGGAGUUAAAAAUGUCCAAUUUAUGGAAUGUGGCUUUCUUUUCUAUCUAUUUCUUUUAGCAAAUCUCAGAUGGAUUUGCUAAAUCAAGAUCUUUGAUUUCUCCAGGAUGCCACCUGGAAGAGCCACACCCUUGUGCUUCUUUCUUGACCUUCUUGUAUAAAGUCAACUGCUUCGGUGUGAACGCUCUGGCUUCAGGAUGCCAUUGCCCCACUCGCCAGAUGAUGCUGGCAUAGAGUUGUUGCAGUGUGCAAAGCACGUGCCACGGGUGGUACUCAAGGUGGUUUCUGAUUUAUAAAAAAAGAUGGUAAAUAAUGCUGAAUUUCAAAGAAGGCUUCCUGCUUUAUCCUUUCUCAGUCCUUGCUGUGCGAGGAGAAUGUCUCCCUUGGGUACUAGUGGGUCCUUAACACCUUUCUGAAACUCCAGUCAUUGCCCACCAUAGCAAAGAGACAGUGGUCUUCAGGUCCACUCUCGAUAGACCUCAGUGACAUUGUUUUGUUUAUAUAGUAUUUGUUUAUAGGCUUCCAUGGUUCUGCACGGACAGAUGCUCUGUACCAUCUAAGCAAGUGAAUUCAGAGAGAGAUUAAAAGUGACUAACCUACAGGUAAUAUUUAUGGCCAAAUAAAAUCUCCAAAACUAAUGUCAGAAACACAGUGACACAAACUUGAAUAAAGAAAAGAUACACCACCACCCCCCAUUUUAUUAAAUGAACAAGUGAUCGAGGAAUCACUUGUUCAUUUAAGGCACUGUCUCAGUGCCUUUUGGGAGGGAUGGGAUUUGGGGGGAUCUCAGGCAACCCAGGCUGGCCUUGAAUUGCUAUGUAGCCAAGGAUGACCUUCUGCCUCUGCCUCUUGAGUCCUGGGAUCACAGGCUUCUGCUGCCUCACCCAGGCACCCUGCAUUUACUUCCUUGAGACUAGCUAUGCAAGUUGAUUUUUGACAAGUUUCUUUUGAAAAAUGGAGAUAAGAAUGGCUACCUCCUUACCUCAUACCGGUAUGAAAAUUAAUUGCUAUCAUGAAUGUGCCCCUGGGGGGAGACUCUGCACACUAAACAAAUACAAAGCAUGGUGAUAGUGGAUUGAAGGUGUUUGGGAAAACACUGGAUCCCAGGUAGGGGCUGGGGACGGGAGAUUGUUGGACACAGGACUCCACCCAAGUGUGUCAUGAGACAACCCUUGUCCCAGAAGGAGACUGACUUGGGGACAGGAAUUCUCAGCAUACUGGAUCCUAACUCUCUCAUCCCAUUCGUGUACAUUUGGGUCGCUGGUCUUUUCCCCAAAGCACAUGGAAAGUGUUGUUGAGAGAGAACAGAAUAAAAAUGGCUUUAAGUAAGC